AGCGGACAGGCUGGCUUCCGGAUUUGGCGGGGCCUUUGUCUCCGGCUGCAGCCGGAGCGCCCGCUCUUCUCUUCAGUGCUGCGUCCUCUGCUCCUGGAGGCCCGGCCUCCGUGGCCCGGUUACCCGCAGGUACUGGGAGAUGCACAGCUAAGACGCCGGGAACCCCUGAAGCCUAGAAAUGGGACCACUGACAUUUAGGGAUGUGGCCAUAGAAUUCUCUCUAGAGGAAUGGCAAUGCCUGGACACUGCACAACGGAAUUUAUAUAGGAAAGUGAUGUUUGAGAACUACAGAAAUCUGGCCUUCCUGGGUAUUGCUGUCUCUAAGCCUCACCUGAUAACCUGUUUGGAGCAAGGAAAAGAGCCCUGGAAUAGGAAAAGACAGGAGAUGGUAGCCGAACCCCCAGUUAUGUGUUCUCAUUUUGCUGAAGACCUUUGGCCAGAGCACAGAAUAAAAGAUUCUUUCCAAAAAAUGAUACUGAGAGGAUAUGGAAAAUGUGGACAUGAGAAUUUACAAUUAAGAAUAAGCUGUAAAAGUGUGGAUGAGUGUAAGGUGUACAAAGGAGGUUAUAAUGAACUUAACCGAUGUUUGACAACUACCCAGAGCAAAAUAUUUCAAUGUGAUAAAUACAUGAAAGUCUUUCAUAAAUUUUCAAAUUCAAAUAGUCGUAAGAUAAAUACUGGAAAGAAAUUUUUCAAAUGUAAAGAAUGUGGCAAAUCAUUUUAUAUGCUUUCACACCUAAAACAACAUAUAAGAAUUCACACUAGAGAGAAUUCCUACAAAUGUGAGGAAUGUGGCAAAGUUCUUAACUGGUUCUCAGAGCUUAUUAAACAUAAGAGAAUUCAUAUGGGAGAGAAACCCUACCAAUGUGAAGAAUGUGGCAAAGCCUUUAACCAAUCCUCAACCCUUAUUAAACAUAAGAAAAUUCAUAUUGAAGAGAAACCCUACAAAUGUGAAGAAUGUGGCAAAGGGUUUAGUUUAUUCUCAAUCCUUAGUAAACAUAAGAUAAUUCAUACUGGAGACAAACCUUACAAAUGUGAUGAAUGUCACAAAACCUUUAACUGGUUUGCAACCCUUACUAACCAUAAGAGAAUUCAUACUGGAGAGAAACCCUUCAAAUGUGAAGAAUGUGGCAAAGAUUUUAACCAGUUUUCAAACCUUACUAAACAUAAGAAAAUUCAUACUGGAGAGAAACCCUACAAAUGUGAAGAAUGUGGGAAAGCUUUUAACCAGUUUGCAAACCUUACUAGACAUAAGAAAAUUCAUACUGGAGAGAAAUCCUACAAAUGUGAAGAAUGUGGCAAAGCUUUUAUACAAUCCUCAAACCUUACUGAACAUAUGAGAAUUCAUACUGGAGAGAAACCCUACAAAUGUGAAGAAUGUGGCAAAGCUUUUAAUGGGUGCUCCAGCCUUACUCGACAUAAAAGAAUUCAUACUAGAGAGAAUACCUAUAAAUGUGAAGAAUGUGGCAAAGGCUUUACUUUAUUUUCAACCCUUACUAACCAUAAGUUAAUUCAUACCGGAGAGAAAUCCUACAAAUGUGAUGAAUGUGGCAAUGUUUUUAACUGGCCCGCAACUCUUGCUAAUCAUAAGAGAAUUCAUGCUAGAGAGAAACCCUACAAAUGUGAAGAAUGCGGCAAAGCUUUUAACCGGUCUUCACACCUUACUAGACAUAAGAAAAUUCAUACUGGUGAGAAAUUCUACAAACCUGAAAGAUGUGACAAUGAUUUUGACAACAUCUAAAACUUUUCUAAACAUAAAAGAAACCAUCCUGUUGAGAAACCCUAAAUAUGUGAAGAAUUUGACAAAGCCUUCCAAUGAUUGUUACACUUGAUUGUAAACUUGGAAGAUCCCCGCUGUCCACUCUUAGAAUUGAAGCCACUUUUUCCCCUUCGUGAGGUGUUUACUGAUACACGCUGAUGUUUCAAGGGUACUAAAGCCCAAGAAAUAGGAGGAGGAGGAGGAGGAAAACGUACAUCCUUUCAAAAUACUCCCAUUGAAAGUCAUAGUCCAAGUCAAAAGAGAAGCUGAGUAGAAGCGAAGGAGAGGGGUGUUGUUACUGAUCAGUACAUCUCCGCUGCAGAUCAUUUCAUACUGCUUUUCCUCCCUUCAAUUUUGGCUCUGCAGGCAGGUUAAUAGGUAAAACCUGGCCAGUGGUUAUUCUGCCCUACUCUCUUCUACAGCAGCCAGGGCAUUUUUCUCAUUCACAUAUUGAACAAUGGCAAAGUCCUUAUGAACAGAGCAACCCACAGUUUUGCCGUACUCAAAAAGAUUGGCUCCACAUCCAACUUCUUGACCACAAGGAUGUUGAGAUUUCCAGUGAACACAUGGAAGUUCAUGGAGUGAGGAUCUGUCUUGUUGGUAACAUUGCUGGCCAUUGUGUUUGUUAAUAAGGUUUCUCACAAAGCCAAAAACAGGAGGAAGGAGGGAGAA